ACUUUCUACCCGAACAUGUGUUUUAAUAAAUAUAUAAAAGAAUCAGAGGGAGCGCUGAGCCUGACGUACAAGAAUUCUAUAUUAUAUGUAUAUGCAGAAAAAGAAGAGCCAAAUUGUGGAGAGAAGACUUGUUAAGUUAUGGAGAUUUGCUCCUUAAAUCGCCUCUCUUUCCUCAUCUUCAUGCUUUUCAUCUCUGCAGUAACAUGGUAUACUUUGAGUAAACCUGGCUACUUUGACUGCACCGGAUCCAAGACACUCAGGUGCACCUUCUCGAGCCGCGAGCCCGCAGGCUCACGUCAAUCAAACUCGAACCCGAACCGAAACCCGAACCAGAAAUGGAAGGAGAUCACCGAUGCCAUCCCACUCCACCCACUUGACCCACUCACUGUCCAGGAAAUUAACGAGGUCAAAGCCAUUUUGACCAAAUACGAGCCUUUUUUAGCUUCUUUUCCAGCCAUCCAUUCUUUGUCUCUCGAUGAGCCUGAAAAAUCUCAAGUGGUGGCUUGGAAAAAAGGUGACCCACUUCCUGUUAGAAAAGCGAAUGUUAUUACAGUCUUGGACGGCCAUACACAUGUUGUCGUUGUGGACUUGGGCUUGGGCCGUGUCACGAGCCACGUUAUGGACCCGUUCUCGGGCUAUCCUGUCGUGACUCUCGAUGAUCUUGGGGCCGCAUUGGUGGUCACGUAUGGUAAUGAGGCUUUUAAAAAGGCUAUUGCGGCCCGUGGAGUUGAGAUGGUGGACUUGUCUUGUAUUACGCUUUCUCCUGGGUGGUUUGGGCCUGGUGAAGAGGGCCGGAGGAUAACUAAAGUUGAGUGUUUUUCGAGUGAAGGUACGCCCAAUUUUUACAUGAGGCCCAUUGAGGGGAUCACGGUGAUAGUGGACUUGGACAAGAAAGAGGUAUUGAAGAUAAUUGAUAUCGAUCGGGCCAUACCGAUACCCAAAGGAGAGAAUACGGAUUAUAGGUAUGUGGCGCAGGAUCAGCCUGCGAAUAUGAGGCCCAUCAAUCCGAUUUCCUUGGAGCAGCCCAAUGGCCCAAGUUUUACUGUCCAGGAUGGACAUGUGGUUACAUGGGCCAAUUGGGUUUUUCAUAUUAAGGCCGAUCAACGGGCUGGAUUGGUAAUUUCGCAGGCCAGGGUUCGAGACUCGGAGACGGGUGAGCCCAGGAGUGUGAUGUACAAAGGCUUUGCUUCAGAGCUGUAUGUGCCAUACAUGGACACAGAUGAGGCCUGGUACUUUAGGACAUAUAUGGAUGCUGGUGAGUUUGGGCUGGGAGCAACGGCCAUGGCACUUGUGCCACUAAAUGAUUGUCCAAGAAAUGCGUAUUAUAUGGAUGGGCUUUUUGCAGCUGCGGAUGGAAGCCCAUUUAUCCAGCCCAACAUGAUUUGUAUUUUUGAGCGUUACGCGGGUGACAUUGGAUGGAGACAUUCUGAGCUCCCUGUGAAUGGUUUCCAGAACAGAGAAUCUAGGCCCAAAGUAACUCUAGUUGCUCGCAUGAUAGCAUCAGUAGGAAAUUACGACUACAUUUUUGACUGGGAGUUUCAGACAGAUGGUUUGAUUCGUGUUAAGGUAGGACUAUCAGGAAUGCUAAUGGUGAAGGGAACUAAACACGAAAAUGUUGAUCAAGUGUACGAAAACAAUGAGUUGAAUGGUCCAUUGGUGUCUGAAAAUGCGAUUGGUGUCGUGCAUGAUCACUUCAUUACCUUUCACCUUGACAUGGAUAUCGACGGUACUAAUAACUCAUUUGCUAAGGUGAAUUUAGUUAAAGAGGAAACUUUGGCUGGAAAAUCUCCGAGGAGAAGUAUUUUGAAGCCUCAUAGGAAAAUUGUGAAAACAGAAGACGAAGCGCAGAUUAAGCUUAAGAUCUAUGAUCCAUCUGAAUUUCAUGUAAUAAAUCCUUCGAGGAGGUCUAGAUUGGGAAAUCCCUCAGGGUACAAAAUUGUUCCUGGUGGCAUUGCUGCUAGCUUGCUUGAUCUUGAUGAUCCUCCACAACUGAGGGCCGCUUUUACUAAUAAUCAGAUAUGGGUCACGCGAUACAAUCAGUCUGAGCAAUGGGCUGGUGGACUCUUAGUCUAUCAAAGUAAGGGAGAUGAUGGUCUUGCUGUGUGGUCUGCUAGGAAUCGCUCAAUUGAGAACAAGGAUGUUGUUUUGUGGUACACACUUGGAUUCCAUCAUGUGCCAUGCCAAGAAGAUUUUCCGGUGAUGCCAACUGUAACAUCAAGCUUUGAUCUAAAGCCGGUUAACUUCUUUGAAAGCAAUCCAAUUCUUAGGGCCAUGCCCAACUUCGAAAAGGAUCUGCCAGUUUGUGGCCCAGGUAGCUUAUAUCAGUAAGAACUCACUAUACAGGUAUUAGCAUAAUUAUGAGUUUAAUCUUUAGAUCAGCAGAGACGAUUUUACUUGUUCUUGCUUUUGUAAUAUGCCAACUUGUCACAUAUCUUCUUGAUAAUAAAAGAAACUUGGAAAUAUAUAUUUUUGUCUUUA